GGAUUUUGCGAACAAAGAGCGGCGGCGCGCGGAUACCACGUGCUAGUUUCAACCCGUACUCGCUUUUUCAAACUAAAAGUUUCUCGAAAACGCUCUUAAUCGUUUAGCGCGACUCGUGCACGAUACAGACCGCAAGAAGUCGCUUAGAAUCGCAUCGUAAAAGUUUCAGUGUUGUGUGAAACGGACCGGCUUGGUUGGGAUUAUUUAACCGCGGAUGGAUGGCGGAAGCGACGCGGGCGGUAACGGGUCCACAGGGCCAUGUGCUUCUUUGUUUACAAAAACAGCAGCGAUCGAGUGGCGUUACAAGCGCGCCAUUUAUAAAGCCAGACUAUAUUACAUCUUAACCGAGGAAGCGACGUCGUCGAUGAAGACGGUUCGUGAACACGACACUGAAUCGAUACUGUUUUGUUGGCGGCGUCGAAAUGUUUUGACUCAUUUUAUAUUCACCACUGUUGGUCGGUUUUUAAAGCUCUGUUAUAUUUCACACGUCUGUAAUGUUCAUACGUGUAGUGUUGUGCGGUUUUUAGGUGAAAUUAUUAAUGUAUGGCUCGUGCAUUACUGCUCUAUUUUCGGUCGAUGGUUUGUUUUUGUUCUCUCGUCAUGCCGCGCGGGGGAGGGGCGCGCUCACGUGACUGUUGUUUGUCAAUGGGCGCGCGCUUGUCUGGGUGCACCUGCGCAAGCUCUGUCACGUCAUUCUGCGAGUUUGAAUUUCGUCCAUAAAUUGAAUAGAGUUGUUUUGCAAACAAAUAGCUGUCAGUUGCUCUUCUCAUUUGUUGUUCAGUAUGAGAGAAUGUGUUUCUCGUCUGUGUUUUUCAGAUAAGUGUAAGCGCUUUCUGCAGGAGUUCUACACGGAGGAUGACUCUGGGAAGAAGGUCUUUAAAUACGGUGCUCAGCUGGUCUCUCUGGCUCACCGUGAGCAGGUGGCACUGGUGGUGGAUCUGGAUGAUAUGGCUGAAGAAGACCCUGAACUGGUGGAGAGUGUGUGUGAAAACACCAAACGCUACGGUGGACUGUUUGCCGAUGCUGUUCAUGAGCUCCUGCCCGAAUACAGAGAACGAGAGGUGGUGGCAAAGGAUGCGUUGGAUGUUUAUAUUGAGCACCGGCUGAUGAUGGAGACCAGAGGUCGCGACCCUGCUGAUACACGUGACCCCCGGAAUCAGUACCCAUCUGAACUCAUGCGCAGAUUCGAGGUGUAUUUCAAACCUCCAUCCACAAUGAAGCCAAAAGUGGUUCGUGAUGUGAAGGCCGACAGCAUCGGUCAGCUCGUGACGGUCAGAGGCAUCGUUACCAGAGCGACGGAGGUCAAACCCAUGAUGGCCGUCGCCACGUACACAUGUGACCAGUGCGGCGCCGAGACUUAUCAGCCGAUCGCCUCGCCGAGCUUCAUGCCACUGAUCAUGUGCCCCAGUCAGGAAUGUGUCACCAACAAAUCUGGAGGGCGUCUGUAUCUGCAGACGCGGGGGUCAAAGUUCGUCAAAUUCCAGGAGCUGCGCAUUCAGGAACAUAGCGAUCAGGUGCCCGUAGGAAACAUUCCUCGGAGCAUGACCAUUUAUGCACGCGGAGAGAACACGCGUGUGGCGCAGCCCGGAGAUCACGUGGCUGUUGCGGGAAUAUUCCUUCCUCUGUUGCGCUCUGGCUUCAGACAGGCCGUACAGGGUUUGUUGUCUGAGACGUAUCUGGACUGUCACAGCAUCACUCUGAUGAAUAAGUCGGAAGAUGAUGAGUUGGGUACCGAAGAGCUCAGUGAUGAAGAGCUGAGACAAAUUACAGAGGAGGAUUUCUAUGAGAAGCUGGCGGGGUCGAUCGCUCCAGAGAUUUACGGUCAUGAGGAUGUCAAGAAAGCGCUGCUGCUGCUGCUGGUGGGCGGGGUCGAGCAGGCACCACGUGGCAUGAAGAUCAGAGGGAACAUCAACAUCUGCCUGAUGGGGGAUCCGGGUGUUGCGAAGUCUCAGCUGCUGUCAUAUAUCGACCGACUCGCCCCGCGCAGUCAGUACACUACUGGACGGGGUUCGUCGGGUGUAGGUUUGACGGCUGCUGUGAUGCGUGACCCGGUCACAGGAGAGAUGACCCUGGAGGGCGGGGCUUUAGUUCUGGCUGACUUGGGAGUGUGCUGCAUCGAUGAGUUUGAUAAGAUGGCUGAUGCCGACCGUACGGCCAUUCAUGAGGUUAUGGAGCAACAGACCAUCUCCAUCGCCAAGGCCGGCAUCAUGACGUCUUUAAAUGCACGUUGUUCAAUCCUGGCAGCAGCGAACCCUGCGUAUGGUCGCUACAACCCGCGCAAGACACUCGAGCAGAACAUUCAGCUGCCCGCGGCGCUGCUGUCUCGCUUUGACCUGCUGUGGCUCAUUCAGGACAAACCAGAUACUGACAAUGACCUGCGACUGGCCCAACACAUCACAUACGUCCAUCAGCACUGCAAACAACCACCAACUCACUUCAACCCUAUCGACAUGAAACUCAUGAGGCGUUACAUCAGUAAGUGUAAACAGAAGCAGCCGUUGAUUCCUGAGGCUCUGUCUGAUUACAUCACAGCAGCAUAUGUGGAGAUGAGGAAAGAGGCUCGAGUUGGUAAAGACACAACGUUCACCUCUGCCCGAACGCUGCUCUCCAUCCUGCGUCUCUCCACUGCCCUGGCUCGCUUGCGGAUGGUGGAUGUUGUUGAGAAGGAGGAUGUAAAUGAGGCCAUGAGACUGAUGGAGAUGAGCAAAGACUCGCUGCAGGCCGACAAGACGAACAACACCAGGGCUCAGCGGCCUGCAGACGUGAUCUUCUCUCUGUUGCGUGAGCUGGCUGGUGAGGGAUCGGUUAAAUCCAUUAACAUGACGGAGGCGGAGCAGCGCUGCGUGUCUCGUGGUUUCACUCCUGCACAGUUCCAGGCCGCUCUGGAUGAAUACGAGGAGCUGAACGUGUGGCAGAUAAACCAGGCACGCACACGCGUCACGUUUGUUUAAACAUGUAUUGCCAAAAGUGUUUGAUGACAUCACAGCUUUUUCUGUAUUAAAUGACAAUGUUAAACUGAGGCUUUCCUCACAUGUGCUUGCUUUUUAAUCUCUGAAAUAAAUGUUGUAAAUAGUUUAA